AUGCUAAGAUAUGGUAAAUCAUUUCAAAUUAUAUCAAGAUCGUUUAUUAAAUCAACAUCAUGUCUAGCUAAUUCCAGGUCUAGUAAUCUACCAUUAGAAGAUUGGGACAGGGGUGGCAGAAAACAAAAAACCACCACCAAAACAAAUUCUAUUGAUCCCAAUGUUGAUUUUUCACCAGUAUUUGCAAGUAUUAAACGAUUAAUGGAUCAAAAUCCCGAAUGUGUAAGUUUAGUUCAAGUUGGAAGUUUUUAUGAAUUACAUUUUGAUCAAGCUGAAGAAUUUGGACAGAAAUUAGGUAUAAAAGUUGCAUAUAAAAAGACAAGUAAUCAUAUUAUACCGAUGGCUGGAUUCCCCGUAUCUCAAUUGAAAAGAUUUGUUGAAAAAUUGGUGAAAGAACAAGAACAAACAGUAGCUAUUAUAGAUCAAUGUAAUUUUACUCAACGUACUACUCAAAAUUUAGUUCAUCGUAAAGUAUCAAGGAUUAUAUCACCAGGCACAUUAAUAGAUGAAAGUUUUAUGAAUUUUGAUAUUAAUAAUUAUUUAUUGGCUAUUUCUUUCCCAUUGAAAGUAUUUCAGCUACCUCCUAAUCCAGAAACAGAAAUUGGUUUGUCUUGGAUUGAUGUAUCUGUGGGUGAAACAUUUGUUCAGAAGACAACAUUGGGGAAUUUAACAGCUGAUAUUGCAAGAAUUAGUCCUAAUGAGAUAUUGGUUGCUGAUCAUCAUAAUAUUAAUCAGGAUAAAUUGAGCAAGUGGUAUCCUCCAUUACAAGAAUUACGUAAAUAUUUCAUGAGAUUUCCAAACAUGAAACAAGUGGAAUUACAAAGUAAAUUUAAAUGUAAAUUGCAACAAUUGAGAAAGUUCACCGAGGAGAUUUCAAUUAGGGAACAUAAUGCAUUAAAUAUUUUAUUAUCAUACGUUGAUGUUAAUUUACCAGAGGCUAAUUUAUCGUUAGAUUUACCAAUUCAAUAUUUAAGUGAUACUUGUUUACAAAUGGAUGCAAGAACAAGAGAGGCAUUAGAAUUGACUGAAAGAUUAACAUCUGGGAGAUUAUCUGUUGUUGGUUCAUUAUCUUCAACUAUAAAAAGAACAUGUACUCCCUCAGGAACAAGAUUAUUAAGUAAAUGGAUAAAAUCACCAUUAUUAAACAUAGAUAAGAUUAAAAAUAGACAAGAUUAUGUUAAAUUAUUUUAUGAUCGAAAUUAUUUAACAACUGCAUCAAGACAAUAUUUAAGAAGCAUAGGAGAUUUUAUUAGAAUAUUUCAAAGGUUGUUGAUUGGAAAUAAUAGUGUGAGUAAUUUAGUUACAUUGGCUGAUAAUUUGGAACAAAUACAAAAAUUCAAACAAUUACUUGAGAAUGAAAAUGAGAGAAAAGAAUCGAAAGUGUUGACUCAAUUUUUACAAGAUUUUAAUGUUCCUAUUGAAUUAGCAAAUGAGAUAAGAAACACAAUUGAGUUUGAAGAACCACCUGAAGUAGAUAAUGUUGAAGGCGAAAACUCAGAAUCUGAAUCUGAGUAUGUCGACAAUGGAUCAUAUUCAAAUAGUUUCCAAGAGAAAUAUAGAAUUAAACAAGAAGAUAACUCAUCAACCAAGUUUUAUUCAUUAAAGAAAGAUUUCAAUCAGGAAUUAAAAUUAGCCCAUGAUGAAUUAAACGAGUUAAAAUCUCAAGAGCAAACAUUCAUCAGUGACUUACAAAACGGAUUGUCAAAAGUUGAUUCAAAUCUAAAAGUCAUUUUUCGAUCACAAUAUUAUAAAUUUAUGCAUGUUCUUGCGAUCAAAGGUAGCACAAAAUCAAUAACUUCCAUAUCUAAAGAAUUACAUGAUGAUAUCCUACAACGAAAACCACAAAGUAUAGUAUAUAGAUCAAAACAAUGGUCACAACUUCAAGGUCUAAUUGACUCAAAGAAGGAAAUGAUAACUCAACUAGAACGGAAAAUAAUCGAAGAUCUCAAGAUCAAAGUCAUUUCACGUAAUAGCCAACUAAGAUCAAUGGGCAAGAAGUUAGACUUUUUCGACGUGACUCAAUCAUUUGCAGUGUUAGCAACAGAAAACAAUUGGAUUUGUCCUAAAUUAACAAAACAACCAAUAUUUAAUAUAUCGCAAGGUCGUCAUGUCGUUGUAGAAUCGAGUUUGAAGUUAGCUGGUUCUAAUUUCAUAACUAAUGAUUUAACUUUAGAUAAUUCAGUUAAAAUCUGGGUCAUUUCAGGUCCUAACAUGGGUGGAAAAUCAACAUUUCUUCGACAAAAUGCAUUAAUUUGUAUCCUUGCACAAAUGGGAUCUUACAUACCUGCAACAUCAGCAAAAAUUGGAAUUGUAGAUCGGAUAUUUACUAGGAUAGGUGCCUCUGAUGAUUUAUAUAAUGAUUUGAGUACAUUUAUGGUUGAAAUGAUUGAAAUAAGUAAUAUUUUAAAUAAUGCAACGGUUAAAUCAUUUGCUAUUGUUGAUGAGAUAGGACGAGGCACGUCUGGGAAAGAAGGAUUAGCUAUUGCUUAUUCUACUUUGUUACAUUUAAUGAAUCAGAAUAAAUGUAGGACAUUAUUUGCUACUCAUUACGCAACUGAAAUUAACGGAUUAUUAAGAAACAGUGAGAUUGAUAUAUACAAUGUCAAAUAUUAUCGAACUAAAGUGUUGAAGAAUGCAGAGGAUAGAUUGAUUAUAGAUCAUGCUUUAGAGCCUGGAAUUAGUGAAAAAAGUUAUGCUCUUGAAAUUGCUCAAAAGGCUGGUUUUCCAUCUAUUGCUUUAAAUAAUGCCCGUCAAGUAUUAACAAUGUACAUAUAA